GGUGCAAUAUUGAGAAGGGCCGUGGUCACAAGCCGAGGUUCUGUGGAGGGUGGAAUGCGCUCGGGGGAGCGAGGCUCCCGCACCCGCCUUCGCCGCGUAUCUAGCAUCGACUUCAUAGCCGCACCCGCCCUCCGCUGCACUAUCUGGGGCAACUGGGUGGUUUUCUCGGUGGUUUGAGACUAACAUUUAGCCAGGAAUUAACUAACUCCUACCCCGAGGGCCCGAUGAGCAGAGAGGGCUGUGGCCGAUGUAAGUGCCCUUGGAUAUCGCCAAGGGGAGGGAAACUGUACUUUAGGUGUGCAAGAGAAGUCUCCCUUAACCCUAGCCUCGUAGCAACCACUGUGUGAGUUCUUACUAUCUCUACUUUUCAGAUGAGGAAACUGAGGCACAGAAAACGAUCAGUUAUUUGCCCCGAGUCACACACGUAAUCAGUGGAGGUGGGGCAGCGCGGGAAAGAGGAUUUAAACUCAGGCGUGUCUGGUUCCCAAGCUCCUUUACUUCCUACUGGCUAGGGGAUAGGAUCCAGGAUCCAGCAAAGUCUCCCUUCUCAAGGGAGCAACCUGGUGUGUAGGUGAGAACCUUCAUGAGCCCAGCCCUACAGCAUGUGGUCUAAGGAAAUGCCAGAUACAGAGUCAAAGGCUUCAGUCUAAACUCUGUAAGCCAAAAAAAUAAAGAAAUAAAUAAAAUCUAAGGCCCCCCCAAACCAUCUGAAUGGACUUCCUCCUAGGCCAGGGCAGUCUAAAAUGUAACCAACCUGAGAGACUGGUUCAGGCCAUGACAGGAAGCAGGACAUGAGACAUGCCUCAUUACACCCUCCAGCAUUGACAUCAACACAGCAGACCUUAAGACUGGAAAUAGACAGACGGUUGGAAAAAAAACUGAAGAUCACACAAAAAGAGAGCAGGAAAUCCAAAUCUCCUCCCAAAGUGCCCAUUGUGAUUCAGGACGAUAGCCUUCCCGCGGGGCCCCCUCCACAGAUCCGCAUCCUCAAGAGGCCCACCAGCAACGGUGUGGUCAGCAGCCCCAACUCCACCAGCAGGCCCACCCUUCCAGUCAAGUCCCUAGCACAGCGAGAGGCCGAGUACGCUGAGGCCCGGAAGCGGAUCCUGGGCAGCGCCAGCCCCGAGGAGGAGCAGGAGAAACCCAUCCUCGACAGGCCAACCAGGAUCUCCCAACCCGAAGACAGCAGGCAGCCCAAUAAUGUGAUCAGACAGCCUUUGGGUCCUGAUGGGUCACAAGGCUUCAAACAGCGCAGAUAAAUGCAGGCAAGAAAAGAUGCCGCCGUUGCUGCCGUCACCGCCUCCUGGGUCGUCUGCCACGGGUUGCACUGCCGUGGCAGACAGCUGGACUUGAGCAGAGGGAACGACCUGACUUACUUGCACUGUGAUCCCCCUUGCUCCGCCCACUGUGACCUUGAACCCCAUGCACUGUGACCUCCCCCCUUCUCCCCCUUCCCACUGUGAUUGGCACAUCGACAAGGGCUGUCCCAAGUCAAUGGAAAGGGAAAGGGUGGGGGUUAGGGGAAGGUUGGGGGGACCCAGCAAGGACUCAGAGAGUCAGACAGUGCCACUUGGCCACUUGGGGUAAAGCCAGUGCCAGCAAUAACAGUUUAUCAUGCUCAUUAAUUUGGGAUUUCAAAACACAAAUGAAAACUCACACCCACCCACCCCCAAGUGCAUGUCUCCAUCACUUAAAAAGUAAGUUCCAUUUGAAAAUAUCCUUUCUUUUUUUUUUUCUUCCUAUUUUUGUUUGUUUAUACAAAUAUCUGAUUUGCAAGAAAAAGUGCAUGGGAGGGGUUUUAGUGGUUUAAUGAAUUUUUAAUUAAGAAAGGGUAGUUUGGUAGUCUACUUAAAAAUGUUUCUGGGAAAUUCACUAGAAACAUUAACCAAUAGGAUUUUGGUGAGCUUAGCUUCUGUAUUCCUACUGCUGCCCGGAAAAGGGGCAGGGCUCUGCAGCCGCCAGGACAGAUGAGCACCCCAUGCCUAUACCUCCCUCCCCGAGCUAAGUCCCACGGCAUCUGGGCCUUGCCUGGAGACUGGGCUAGCUCUGUAGGCUCGGAGAGCCUGGGGAGGGUGCCAACCCCACCUCUAGUAUUUUGGGAGAUAGGGAAAGUGAACCGACUUCCCCUUCCCAUACCCCUCAGGGUGGUUCCCUACCAGCCAGGCUUACUACUUCUAGAAGAGAGCAGAGUGCCAGGGAGUGAGAUUGCAUCCCUGGGCUUAGAAGUGACGGAGAGAAGACUUGUUUAGUAUUUUGCCAUCAGCACAAGGAAAACCAGGAGAGAGUCUGCCUCCAGGACUCUGAGCCUUCUGCCUCGUAUGUUCAGAAGGUGGAUAGGUCUUCCCACUCCAGCAUGGCUUGAACUCUUAGGGGUCUGCAGUGCUCCAUCUCCAUUGAUGGCCCCAGCUCAGUAACUAUACCUGGUACAUUUCCUGUGUGCAAUCAGUACCUUGAAGGCAGAACAUUCUGAAUAAAGUUGGAAAAAGAACAGCUUUGCUUUGCAAAGAUUGAUGACAGACUGGUUCCUCAGAGGCCUAGGCUACCCGUCACCCCUUUUUCCAGAGCGAGGGCCUGGAAUGAAGGCAGUUUAUCCUCUGUCCCUGGAGCCUGGGGUUUGCUUUGGCUCCUUGAGGUGGAAGAGACUAAGAGAGCAGCUGCCCAGAGCGGCUCUGUGUGUACCUGGCUCCUCUCAGGCUUCCUGAUCCCUUCCGUUGCACUGCGCCUUAUCCCUCAGCCAGCCAGACAGCCUCCCUGCUCCUGACCAGCAGAUACGUUUCGGAGUGGUUGGUGUGGUUUUUGUGAUGAGGGCAGCACGUGGUGGCCAAGGUGGCAAGCUGAGUCUCACAGGCUCACUCCACCGUUGGUUCCCUGUGGGAAUGGUAGGGCAGGCCCAGCAAGCCAUGCCCCACCACGUCCUCUCCUCCGGAGGAAGGGCCAGCUGCCAGCUGAGUCAGCAGCUAGUCCAUAGCACAGCCUUAUAACUGUAAAGCCAGGCAUUGCCCAUGAGCAGAGCUGGAACCAGAGCUUCAGUCAGUAAGAGGGAGGAUUACCUUCAGGAGAAGGCAAGGAAGAAAAUUGGCUGCUAUCUUUAUAGUUCCACUGCCCUAACCAAGUGUCCACAUUCUAAAUGUGUAGUGUCCAUCCCUCAUGUAAUAGUGGUUUCCCGCCCAAAGUGAGACUUUCCUUUUAAUUGGAGAAGGCUGUAGAGGUAGUCCAGGUGGGAAGGCCAGAAGUGCUGGUUGCCCAGCCAUUGGGACCACCUGUUCUUGCCAUACUACUCUCUAGUGGGAGGCCAAAGUAAAGGCUGGCUGGUGGGUGUCUGGAUUGAGGAUGUGGCAGGGACUGGUCCUCCCACCUCCCUCUGGCCAAAGAUGGGCUUUGCCCGCUGUGUGCCUGUCACCACCCACCAGCAGUCAUGCCCUGGGCUUCCCAAAUGGAGAGGUAGCAGGCAACGUUUUUAAAAAGAAAGAAAACAGGAAACUGUAUUGUGUCGGGGGAGGCGGGAGGGAAAUGAGGAAACGGUUUGGAUUUUGUGUGUGGGAGGGUAUUUUUUUGGGGGUAGUUGUCUGUAACUUUCCUAAGUGCUUUUUUUCCUUUUCUUUUUUAAAGUAAGUUGCAGGCUUUGGCUUGGAAAACCCCAGGGGGAUGGGGGGCAGAAACCUGAGGCUGCUGCCUUUUUAUCUGCCUUCACGGUACUGUCCCCUUCCCCCAGCUCCUCCCUGACCCCAUGGGCCAGGCCUCAGACCUUCCAGCUAACCGCUUCCCAUGAGCCACUACUCUGAUGUCAGCCUAUAACCAAAGGAGCUGGGGGGUCCAGGCCUGGUGACCAACCUUUCUCAGCCCACUCAAUCAGGGUGCUCCCCACCUGCAGGCAGGAGGCAACACCCUAUCUGCUACCAUCAGCCCCUUCCAGAGCCCAUCUGCCCCGCCCAGCCCUGCCCUGCCCAGCCAUACCCUGCUCUACCCCAUCUGGGGGUGCCCUGCUCAGGGAUGGGCUGGCAGGGCUGUACCCAGCCUCCCUGGUAAGCAGAGACUCAAGAAACCUCUGGGGUCCUGUUUUCUGGUCGUGUGAUCCCAGGGGUGCACAUGGGCCCCUCGGGUGUCUGAACAGAAGGGCAUGGGAGGGAGGGCCGCACCCCUGCAGUCUCACUCUGCUGGUGUAGCGGGCAGCUGCCCACUCCCACCCCACCCUGCACCGUGGGCUCCUGAGUCGGCAGAUUAAGCAUUUUAUAAAUUGUAUUUUAAAUACAUGUUUUAAACUUGUCA